AAACAACUGAACGUAGACUGGAGCAGCGUUUGCACGGCCAGUGACUGUAGCGACACCGUCAUCUCAGUCACCUGCACCGUCCCGCGCCGCACCAGACGACAAGCCCAGCAGACGACACAGCUGGCCGCCACACUCACCCUCAAGGACAUCGGUGAGGAGGUGGUGUCUACCAGCGGCCCAACGGUGAGAAUGAGGACAGAGGAUCUGUACGAGAGUCUUAUAGUGCGCACCGUGGACAACCCCUUUGACUACACGAGGUUCAUCGUGGAUGCCGUGCCCGAUUCCUUCCAGCUGAUCGUGGAGCCGGAGUGUGACGCCCCCAAAGUCUUCCACGACGGACAGUGUG